AUCCAUAACUCAACUACUUGAAAGCUCCAUUUCAUCAUUCCAAGAAAUCUUGAAACCUAAAAAUGGCCACCAAGUUGAACAUGUUGCCAGAAGACUGUCUUUCCACUAUUCUAUCUUUCACUUCUCCAGCAGAUGCAUGUAGAUUAACGAUUGCAGCUUCCUCUUUGAGAUCGGCUGCCGAAUCCGAUACAGUUUGGGCCAGAUUCUUGCCAUCUGAUCUCCCAAGUAUUAUAUCGAGAGCACAUUCUCAACUCGACUUUUCUUCGAAGAAAGAACUCUAUUUCCAGCUUUGUGAUUCAGUUCUUGUAGAUGGUGGAAUUAGGAGCUUUUCAUUAAACAAACUAAGUGGGAAAAAGUGUUGUCUUCUGUCCGCAAGAGCACUUUCUAUUUCCUUAAGCAAUGAACCAAACCAUUGGAGCUGGACAUCCCAUUCUGCAUCAAGAUUUUCCGAGGUGAUUGAGCUAAAAACGAUAUCCGGCAUUGAAAUCGAAGGAAGAAUAAGCACCGACAACUUGACUCCUAAGACGACGUAUGGUGCUUAUCUCAUCAUAAAAGUUUCUGAUCGUGCAUUUGGGUUGGACUCAAUCCCAUCUGAGACAUCAGUAUCCAUGAACGAAUGCUUGGUUACCAACACCGGAUAUUUAUGCCCUCUCGACAACAAAAAGCAACAACUGGAAUCCUUGUUUUUCAUGAACCGAAGGCGAAUGAUGGAGAAACGGGUGGUAAAAGGAGAAGGCCGACGUCCAUGCAAGAGAGAGGAUGGAUGGAUGGAAAUCGAGCUCGGAGAGUUCUUUGUUGGAGGAAAAGGUGAGGAGGUGAAGAUGAAUUUGAUGGAAGUUAAGGGUCAUCAACUAAAAGGAGGACUCAUCAUCGAAGGAAUUGAAGUCAGGCCUAAGUGUUAACUCCAAUCUUGCAAUUCAUUCAAGAUUACUUAACAAACUACAAGAAAAUGAAGAAAUAUAUACAAGUUUUGUUUGAAAAAUCAAGCAAUUGUGGAAAAAGUAGAAUUCUUUAUUCAUUUUUGUAUAUCUAGCUAAUUCUUUCCAUUAAAUCAAUGGCUGUCAAUAUAUUAUUCUCUUAUUUAUUUCAACAUGUACGUAUUGUUACCUCUCUUCCUACCCUUGUCCAAAUGACAUUUUUGAAAAUUGUGAUACAACCAUAAAGAUAUGUAAAAUAUUCAUGUAAGGAUGUGUGUAAUAUGACUUUGCAAAACAGAAAGUUGUAGGUGUCU